AUGAUCAUUAAGGCCAAUAUCGAUGAUACCCUUAGUAAUCAGAUUGUAGUUAAAGAUUAUUAAUACACUCGAUGGGGAUAGAUACCAGGGGAUUUGAACUAUGAGUAAACUAAGACAGUCUAAUUCUAUGCUUCUGCUGAUCCUCAACCCGUAAUUCAAUCUUUCUAAUAUUAACAGGCUCCAGGAAGCUAACCAAGCUCACUAAACUUUAAAAAGCAAGAUCCACUUGAGUUUAAGAUGACUAGAGAUUACUCAAAUGUUGAUUACAUCCCUCAGUAAGGUACUGUUGCCGUUAAUGAACUUUACAAAACUUAAUACCAGGGUGAUCCCUCCGUAAUGUCAAAAAAUUCUUACUCUCAAUUGAAUGUUGGUGGACUCUCCCUCUGGUAUUAAUUGAAAAAUAAGCAAGAUUUCUAUCAGAUCUUCUAAGCUCUUUCAAAAAUCAGACAGACUUACGUUGACUCACUUGCAUUUAAACUUUAUGCUUAUCAUGGCUACCAUUAUUACUUUAAUGAUGAAGACAUGGUUAUCAAUAACUUUCUAAAAGCUUUUGAUCCAGCUGUUGCAAAGAAAAUCUAUAAUGAUCCAGUUCUUGGUAUGAAUACUGUUACCAAGUUGUAUUACUGGUUCUAAGCCUGUUCAUCCACCACAAAUGUUGAUGCAUUGAGAGCAUAUUACGCUAUUAUUGCAAACUUUUAAGCUAGAGGAAUUGAUCUUAGUGGAUAAAUGGACAAACUUGUUGGCCCUAGAUCACCACUGAAAAUGAUUUACACUUAAAUUCUUACCACAGCUAAGAUAGCAUUCUAGAUGUACAAUGAUAUUGAUAACGAAGCACUUUUCUAGAUUCAAUGGUCCUCUAUGGGAGUCGUCUCCAAUGAUGAUAUCAAAUUAUCCCCAAGUACUCCUCAUGUUAACAGCUUCAAAGAUUUGGAUCCAUCAAAUAUCGAAUCAUCUGCUGAAUUCUCUUACUAUUGCUAAUCGAUAUUAAAAAAGGAUGUCACUGCAUUAAACCAAACUCAAACUAUUUCUCUCUUUUCACUAAUACCAACUUACGGAAAUCUAAUGAAUCCAGCUAAUAUCAAAACUUUCUUGGAGAAGUAUGAUCAAGGUGAAUAUGAUACUAUUUAAAAGAUUUUCUAAGUUACUGAUGAUGCAUAAAUUGAUGCUCUAUAUCAAUAUUUUAAUUGGAUUGUGGGUAAAUUCUUGACUCUCUCAUAUAUUGGAGGUGAUUAUGAAAGUAAUACUUUUGCCAGAUUAAUGCUGAAGACUAUGACCAGUAGUUACAAUAUACUAUAGCAAUAGGUACCUUUUGAACUUGCUUCAAGAUAUCUUACUGGUUACAUUGAGAAAAAUGCUUUGACAUGUCUUAGUUUUGCUGCUAUUGCUGCACCAACCGAUGUGGCUAGAUAAACUGCUCUUUGUAAAAACAUUAACUUCCAGAGACUUGAAGACGUAAAGUUUUUCUUGAAGCCAACAUUCUUCUUGAACCCAGAUGAUAUCACUGCUUUCAAAACUAAAACUACUAUGACUGACGAUGAGUACAAUCUUUUCUAUGGACCUGACAAAAAUUCAUUCUAAACUGCCUACUUGAGUCAGCUUACCAAGAUUAGCUCAGAUUAUAAGUGCAAACUCUCAACUACCAACUGCACUGGAGAUGAAAUCGCCUAACUAUAAAUGGGUUCUUCAGGCAUCACUCUUUUCGUCACAGAUGAUUACAAGAACAAUCAAUACUUUAAAAAUCCAAGCAAAUCAAUAUCCUCCUCUUGGCAGAUGACUCCAAAGCCAGUUGAAUAUUAUUACUAUAUCUCAGAAGUCAUGAAGGUAGAAGAACCUCUUCCUUCUGGCUCUGUUGCCAUUAUAGUUAGUAAUGUUACUGGUAUCACUUCUGAGGAUGCUGCCACCACUUUUGUAGUGAAUGUGACCAAUAACAGAAACAUUUCUGACUAUUAAGAAAAUCUUAAGAUCACAAAUGUCAAGAAUUUCCUGCUGUGCUUAAGAUAUAUGGUUCAGGAAUACCUAACAGGAGGUUUAUUGACUCAGAAGACUAUUGCACAAUGGACCUCAGGUUUCACAGAGGAUUUCUAUAAUAUAGUCAUGGAUGGAAACUUUUUCUAAGGAACUGAUAAGGACCUAGAGUCUACAAUUACCCCUAUUUUAAAUGAGAACAAUAGGGAGGUUACAAAUGCUGAGCUAAGAGUCGACACAGGAGCUCUUAAAUAAAACAGAAUUGCAAGAAUCAGAUAAUUGAAUGAAAAACCCUACCUUAACAUUAAGAAAUCAUUGUUUAACGGUACUGGUCCAGUUGAUGUCUAAAUCAAUCCUUGGAAUAGCCAAAUAAUCUUGGAUGAUGCCACAAAUGGUAUGCAAUUCAAGCCAGAGAUUAAUGAGGGAUCACUAAAUGUUUUCGAUAAUAGAAUCUAAAGAAAUAUGAUCUGUGACUACUCAGAGGAUUCUAAUUACGGAUCAGGCGAUAAUGUAAUCUAAGGAAAGAAGUAUGUUCAAAAUGUAUUUGGAAACAGCAAGCUAAAGUACUCUGAGAGCCCUGAUAAUACUAUUGAUUUAGGGCCAGCUUUCAAUUUACCCAUAGUAGCUUCUCUUAUAGGAGGAAAGGAUGUUAGUGCUGAGAAUCUUAGCAAAGUAACACUAGACGGUAACUCAUUCUAAUCAUCUGAAUCUGGAUCUUAAGACUACUACUACCUUAUAGAGCCAUUCUCAGGCUUCCUUCUUCAAAAAGAAACAUCAAUGACAGUUUAUCUUAACUUAGACACAGAUAUCACUUAUCCUUUCCCAGAUUUAGAUAAGAUUGGAAAAUAACUCAUUCCACUAUAUGAUGUCAAGGAAACUCUGAAGAUUGAUGCUUCCAAGUUCAAUGGUGACUUCGGUUUUGUUCAAACUGGAAAUCAUAGUAGACACGGCAUCUUAAUUUCUUUCAUUGUCCUUUGCUCUGUCUUCUUCCUGCUUGGUUUGGUUUCUACAGUUGUUUUCUGCUGCAAAAAAGACUAGAUCAAAUAAGGAAGUGUCUUGUAAACCAACCAAGAUAGAUUGGUAAGCGAGAUGACCAAUGGCUAGGAUAGCGAUAAGAAAUACAAUAAACUUCUUUCUUGA